AUGUCGUCUUCCACUCCUGUUGUCCAAUUAGAGGAGAUUGACCUGUCUUUAUUCGAUGAAGGCCCAGAGGUCCGCCAGGCCCUUGCUGAGCGUCUUGAAAAAGCCCUCACUGACCACGGCUUUUUCCAGCUUGUGAAUCACGGGCUCGUGACCGACCACCUAUCCUCGAUUGGCCGUCAGGUCUUUGAAGAGCCAGAUGAAGUGAAAGCUAAGCAUAUUGCUGGCCAGAAUGAUCUACCAGAAGAGGCAUAUAAGCAGCUGGGCGUUGUUAGAGGCAGCGGUUACAAACCAAGAGGUUACUGGACUUACAUUAAUGACCAAAAAGAUAGAGUUGAAUUUUUCAACUUGCGCCAUUUUGCACACCCAGAGUAUGUUAAAGCCGCCAGCUACCCUCCAUCCGUGGAGAAGAGCUUGCCUGAGAUCACCUCUUAUUUUAAGCAGCUUCACAACAACGUUUUGCGCAAAGUCCUCUCGUUGAUUGACAUCAUCCUGGAGCUUCCAGACGGAACGCUUUACAAUAGCCACUUUAGAGUGGUCGAAAAUAACAUCAAGGAGUCUGCCACUGGCUACGGCAGAUUCCUGUUAUACCACGAGGCCGAUGACUCCUACAAUUCCAAGACUGGAAACACGCUGCUUCGAGGCCACACAGAUGCCAGUGCGCUCACAUUUAUCCUCUCAGAUCCUGUUCAGGCACUUCAAAUCAGACUUCCAGAUACUGAGAACACCUGGGGAUUUGUCCAGCACAAGCAAGGAGCGCUAGUUGUGAACGUGGGGGAUGCGCUUCAAUUUUGGACGGGAGAUUACUUUAGGUCGAGCGUCCACCGAGUUGCCUCGCCUCCUAGCCACCAAAAGCGGUCUAGCACAAUUUAUUUCUGCACCCCAACGUCCGCCACAUAUUUGGACCCAGACUCCUUGAACUCUCCAAAACUCAAGCGUCUGGGAAUAUACGCCGACAAGAGUCUGCAGCGCAUAACUCAGGGCGAGUGGGAUAUUGCGAAAGGAGCGUUUUUCAACAACACAAGCUCAAACCAAACAAAAGGUAUCACAAUUCUCGGCAGAAAGUCCCUUGGAUCCCUUAUUGGCGAAACUGUCGAUGCCUAG